AUGUCGGAAUCAGCCAAGCCCUACUUUGCAAUGGUAUGUCUCCAGUUCGGAUACGCUGGCAUGAAUCUCAUCACCAAGGUUGUGCUCGACCGCGGCAUGAGUCAUUUCGUCCUUGUGACUUAUCGUAAUGCCUUUGCCACGGCCGCUAUUGCACCUUUCACCCUUCUCUUCGAGAGGAAAGCGAAGCCAAAGAUGACGUUCCCACUAUUCAUGCAAAUAUUUGUACUCGCUCUUCUUGGGCCUGUGAUCGAUCAGAACUUAUAUUAUGCUGGUCUUAAACUCACUUCAACGACGUUUGCUGGCGCCGUCACGAACAUCGUGCCCGCUUUGACCUUUAUCAUUUCCAUAAUUUGCAGGUACCUAAAUUUAAAUCAUAGCUUAAAAAAUAAUUAUAUAAAGUGGAAGGAUGGAGAAGGUGGAGAUGAGAAAAGUGAUGCUUCGUCGCCGGCCGUUGAGGACUAUCUCAAGGCCACCGUCUUCCUCCUCAUCGCCUCAUUUUCUUGGGCUUACUUCUUUGUUCUUCAGGCGGCUACGUUGAAGAGGUACUCAUCUCACCUUACAUUAUCUACAAUGGUGUGCUUCAUGGGAACGUUACAGUCCACAGCCCUAACAUUUGUAAUUGAACCAAACCUUUCUGCAUGGAACAUUCGAUAUGACAUGAACCUUCUAGCAUCACUUUACGCGGGUAUAAUGUCGUCGGGGAUAGCGUAUUAUGUUCAAGGGGUGACGACGAAGAAAAAAAGCGCUGUUUUUGUCACUGCUUUUAACCCUCUUAUUGUCAUAAUCGGAUCCAUCAUUGGCUUACUUAUACUCGGCCAAAGAUUAUACCUUGGCGGGUUAGGUUCUUGGAAUGGCGAUAUUAAUGGUGGGAGUGUGUGUGUGAUUCUGUGGGGAAAGGAAGGGGAUGAAGAAGAGAACAGUGAGAAUAAAUUUGUAGAAUUUAUUAAAGGUUGUAUAGGCUGUAGAAACAAUAUGCCAAGAAUUGAUGAGGAGGUAGAUGUUGAAAUGGGGAAAGCUAAAAUGGUGGUGGAUUUGUUGUAG